CCGAGGGCCCGAGGCCGCCCACCAGGCCACCAUCAUGCGGAUGCAGCGGCUCCUCUCGGCUCCCCUGCCCCGCCGCCGCCUCUGUACCGACGCCGCAUCCGAUCACUGCCUCGCCUCCUCCGCGGAGCUCGCGUACCGUCUGCUCCGCCGCCACAGCUCCGACCCGCAGAGGCUCGCCUCCGCGCUGUCCGCGUCGGGCCUCGACGCGACCUCCCCGCGCCUCCUCGACGCCGUGCUCCGCCGCUGCGGCGCCGCCUCCUCCCUCGCGCUCGACUACUUCAACUGGUGCUCCCCGUCGCUCCCUUCCCCGCCGUUGCCCUCCUCCCUCGCGCUCCUCGCCAAGUCCUUCUCCCGCGGGUCCGCCGCGCCCUGCCCCUCCCUCCUCGCGCCGCUCCCCUCCAGCCUCCUAUCCUCGUCCAUCCUCUCGCCCGUCCUCCGCCGCCUCCCGCCGCCGCGCAUCCUGCCCUUCGCGCUCUCGCUCCUCUCCUCCCGCCCCGACCAUGACCAACCCUCCCUCUUCCUCUCCCUCCUCGAGUCGCUCUCCAAGACCGGCCAUGUCGCCGCCGCCGAGCGGCUCGUCGAGGAGCUCCAGCCCCGCCUCCCGCUCUCCAUCCGCCACUACACCGCGCUGCUCUAUGGGUGGUGCCGCCUCGGCAAGCUUGACGAGGCCAAGCACGUGCUCGCCCGCAUGAAGGCCGCGGGGGUCGCCCCGGACGUCGUCGUCUUCAACACACUGCUCGCGGGGUUCGUCGCGGCCGACAGGUUCGAGGACGCGUUCGAGCUGGCAAGGGAGAUGGAGCGGCGUGAUUGCCCUCCCAACGCGGUCUCCUACACCACCCUGAUGCAGGGGCUCGGGUCGAGGGGCCGGGUUGAUGAGGUAAUGCGGGUGUUUGUUGAAAUGCGGAGGAAGGGAUGCGCGCCGGAUUCUGUCACGUACGGCACUCUGGUUAGUGCGUUUUGCAAGGCUGGCAGGCUAUCCCAGGGGUAUGAGUUCUUGGAUGCCAUGUCGAGGGACGCAUUGCGGGUGGAUCCGGGUGUGUACCUUGGGUUCUUUGUGGCGCACGAGAAGAAGGAGCAGCUGGAGGAGUGCUUGGAGUUGAUGGAGAGGAUGAGAGAGUGCAGGUGCCCCCCAGACCUUGGUAUCUACAAUGUGGUGCUUCGGUUGUCCUGUAAGCUUGGAGAGACGAAACAGGCCAUGGCAUUGUGGAAUGAAAUGGAGAAUAGUGGGCUUAGUCCUGGGGUCGAUACAUUUGCGAUCAUGGUGAAUGGGCUUGUUGGGCAAGGCUCGCUGGUCGACGCGUGCAGUUUUUUCAAGGACAUGGUUGGGAGGGGUCUAUUUGUGGCACCACAGUAUGGUGUGCUGAAGGACCUACUCAAUGCUUUAGUCCGUGAUGAGAAACUUGAGCUUGCAAAGGAUGUUUGGGGUUGCAUUGUGAGCAGAGGUUGUGAGCUAAAUGUGGGUGCAUGGACAAUCUGGAUCCAUGCACUAUAUGCGAAGAAACAUGUGAAGGAUGCCUGCUCAUAUUGCUUGGACAUGCUUGAAGCUGGGCUGAUGCCGCAGCCUGACACAUUCGCAAAGCUAAUGAAGGGACUGAAAAAGCUGUACAACAGACAGAUUGCUGCUGAAAUCACUGAGAAGGUGAGGAUGAUGGCGGAGGAGAGACAUGUUAGCUUUAAAAUGUAUAAGAGGCGUGGGGUGAAGGAUCUUGAAGUGAAGCCUAAGUCAAAGAGAAAGGGAGGACAUAAGCGGAGUCGUGGGAGGCAGCCUGUUCAAGGUCAGUCUAGUGGACAUGCUGACCUUUCGGAUUCUGUUGAUGAUGACGAAUUUCUUGGUUGAGUUAAAAUGGAAGGAUAAGAGGGCAAUGAACUAAUGCAUCUCCACUUGAUUGAAUUAUUCUUGGGAGUGAUUGGUUUAUGAAGUAACCGAUAAGGAAAUACUGGCUGAAGAUGGAGUAGAUUUGCAGAAUUUGUACUGGCACCUGAUCUUGAUGGAUGCAUGGGUCAAGUGACACUCUGAUCAUAUCCGACAUCAUGUAUUUCAGCAUUCAAAACCUUUCCAUGCUAAUGAUAUUGGCACCUUUCAGUGCCAAUGCCAAAGAAAACAGUCAACAUAUAAUAACAAGCUUGAUCUCAGAUUAAGGAUGCGUUGGAUAAUGUAACAGCCCUCAACUACACAAUGCAACCACACCUACAAUCUCUCUGUAGUUAAUAUGAGAUAAUUUAUUCCCAGUGUCUUGUACACUGAGCUUUACUGUUCUGGUUGGUGCUGGGGCCUUCCAAGUCGGUCGCCGCCUGUGUUCGCACGCAUCACAUUUCCCCAACAUCAAAAGAAGAAAGCUAUGCGUAGCCAGAGAUGGUUAACAGUAACACAAGUGUGAGGUAAGAGAAUAAGAGAGGUGAAGGAGUUGCAAGAGCGUAUAGAUGGCCCCAGAUGAGAAGCUUCAAUUGGUAAAGUUUGGCCUGUCUGCCACAAAUCUGACCAAUGAAAAUCCACUAGCUCUUGUGGCCUUGAAGGGAAAUUAAUGGGCUUAUCCGAAGCUUUACAAGCAGAAACUUUUGCCUUGUUACAUGCUGUAGAAAGGGCAAGGGAAGUGGGAUACAUGAGGGUAAUUUUCGAACAGACGUUGCCGUCCUGAAGCAAACAGUCAAUGGGAAUGACUAUGACAACUCAAGUCUUCGGUGCUCUGUUUCUUGAAGCAAAAUUCGUAAAUUAAUUUUCAGUUUGCUUCUGUAAUAUGGUGUCCCAGGUCUUGUAACUCCGCUGCUCAUCAAUUAGUGUCUUUUGGCGCAAGUUUUGUAGAUGAAAGCAUAUUUAUGUGGUUAAUUGAUGUAUCAAACUUUGUAUCUGUUGCGGCUGCCAGCAAUUUAGCUGGACCGACCGUGUAAUGGAAUCAGUGUAUUCAGUUGUAAAAACAAACAAACUAAUUUGUACAGGCACAAGGCUUCAUCAGUGUAUUCCGUUAGCAUUAUUCAUGAA